CGGGUAGCUUUUGAUUCACCAAAAGGCCGGAGUUAUCCGAAACACCAUCCAGUCAUGAGACCCACCGUUCUGUUACCAUUGCGCUGUUGAUGUCCAAGUAGAAAGCUGUCAUUAAAAAGAAAAUUCUGACGAUUAAAAAAAAUAAACGUUUAUUUACAUUGAAAUCACAUUAAAAAAACAUUGCGGAUCAUUCAAUACAUCGUCACAAAAAGUUGCUCCAGAAAGGCACACGGUGUUGAAACGGUGGCUGCGUAAAGUCUACCCCAAAGCCGAUCCGAAUACGUGCAGGGUAACAACGGAUCGGCCGGCCGCACAGAUCGCUCCUCCAGCAAUAUGUGGGGAAAAUAACAACCACCAUCGUCGGCUUCGGCGUGAGGAAGAAGCAGCUGGAGAGAGAUCGAAAAUGUGGACGGGGCCACGCAUGGCGAAAUGGUUGGAUCGAGAGAGCUGCGCGUUGAGUGGAGGGAGAAAGCAAGUGAGAUGGAGGCGGGGGGAACUUCCAUCUCUGCGGGGACUGGAGCGCCUGUGCCCUGGACCGACGGCGCAGUGCUGGCUAACGUUCAACCCACCCCUUCUUCCACAACGAGACUGACUCACGCCGAGACAGGUAAGCCGCUCAACCGCUUACAUUUACAGCCCGACUGCGUGGUAAACAAUCGCCUUUAUGGUUUACCACCUUAAAUAAAAAGGCGCGUUUGGGAUUGUUUUUUGUUGUUGUUAUUGUUUGCUUUGACAUGUUUUUAAAACCGCCUUCAUGGCGAGCCGUUCGCUAGCCUCCACCACGCCGACCACUGUAGGGUACAGACGAGGUCGCCAUACCCGAAUUCCUUGUCCUCUACAGCGGAAUACAACAAUAAAUCAAAUGAAUGGAGAUAUGGACACCGCUAUCCCGGACCAAGUUUGGGCCCAGGACGAUCUUUUCAAACUUCUGGAAUUGAUGAAAAUUGCCCUGCCCAUGAAAGACGUGACCAAAUACAAGACCUCGGAGUCCCACCUGGACUGGGAGAAGGUGGCCUUCAGCUCGUACACCGCAGAUCAAUGCAAGCAGAAGUGGUCGGAGGUCUCCAAAGAGAUCCGCAAGUUCCGGACUCUGACGGAGCUGAUAUUUGACGCACAGGACUACAUCAGGAAUCCCUACAAGGGCAAAAAACUCAAGAAGCACCCAGACUUCCCCAAGAAGCCCUUGACGCCAUACUUCCGCUUCUUCAUGGAGAAGAGGGCAAAGUACGCCAAGCUGCACCCGGAGAUGAGCAACCUGGACCUCACCAAGAUCCUGUCCAAGAAGUACCGCGAGCUGCCGGAGAAAAAAAAGAAGAAAUAUGUGGAAGACUUUGUGAAGGACAAAGAGUCGUUUGGGCUGAGCAUGUCCAAGUUCAGGGAACAGCACCCGGAGCUGGUUGAGUGCAUGACCAAGAAGGGCUCCAACGUGCCCGAGAAGGCCAGGACCCCCCAGCAGCUUUGGUACACACACGAGAAGAAGGCCUUCCUGAAAACAAACGCUGACGCCACAACCAAAGACAUCAAAGACAGUCUGGGCAAGCAGUGGACCCGGCUCACCGACAAGAAGCGACUGAAGUGGAUCGGGAAGUCUCUGGAGCUGCAGAAACAGUAUGAGGAGACCAUGCGGGAGUACAUCCAGCAGCACCCCGAGCUCAACAUGAACCAGGGCGACUACUCCAAGUCCACCCUCACCAAGGCAGAGCGCCACCUGAAGGACAAGUCGGACGGCCGGCCCGACAAGCCUCCCCCGAACGGCUACUCCAUGUUCUGUGCGGAGCUGAUGUCGAGCAUGAAGGACGUGCCGAGUACAGAGCGCAUGGUGAUGUGCAGCCAGCGCUGGAAGCUGCUGAAGCAGAACGAGAAGGACGCCUACCAGAAGCGCUGCGAGCAGAGGAAGAAGGAGUACGAAAUCGAGAUGAACCGCUUCCUCGGCAGUCUGUCUGUGGAGGAGCAACAGCGCGUGCUGGCGGAGCAGAAGAUGAUCGGCUUUAAGAAAGGAAACGCUCUCGGCAACGCGGCCCCGGCGAAGAGAGCUUCCCGGGCCAAGGCCGGCGCAGAGAAGCCCAAGAGGCCGAUCUCCGCCAUGUUCAUCUUCGCUGAGGAGAAGCGUCCCAAGCUGCAGCAGGAGCGCUCGGACCUGUCUGAGAGCGAGCUCACACGCCUGCUGGCACGCAUGUGGAACGAGCUGUCGGAGAAGAAGAAGGAGAAGUACAAGCGGCUGGAGGCGGUGCUGAAGGCUGAGACGAUGAAGAAGGAGAAGGAGGAGCGAGGCCACCUCCCCGACCCGCCCAAGACGGCCCAGGACAUCUGGCAGCAGAGUGUCAUCGGGGACUACCUGGCCCGCUUCAAGAGCGACCGACCCAAGGCCCAGAAGGCGAUGGAGACCACCUGGAACUCCAUGGAGAAGAAGGAGAAGAUGCUGUGGAUCAAGAAGGCGGCCGAGGACCAGAAGAGAUACGAGAGGGAGCUCUGUGAGAUGAGGUCGCCCGUCACCACCGCCAUCGCCUCGGGCAAGAAGAUGAAGUUCGAUGGCGAGCCCAAGAAACCUCCCUCGAACGGCUACCAGAAGUUCUCCCAGGAGAUGCUGUCCAACGGCGAGCUGAACCACCUGCCCAUGAAGGAGCGCAUGGCGGAGAUCGGCGGCCGCUGGCAGAGCCUCGUCCAGAAGGAGAAGGACCAGUACAAGAAGAUCGCCGAGGAGAAGCAGAGGCAGUACAAGGUGCUGCUGGAGCAGUGGCUGGCGAGCAUUUCCUCGCAAGAACGACACAUCUACAAGGAGUACAACUCGCAGAAGAGGAGGUGCGCUGCGAAGCCCGGCGGACCAAACGCCAAAGUGAAAGCCAAGGCCAAGAAGCCGGAGUCUGAGGAAGAAGAGGAGGAGGAUGACGACGACGAAGAAGAGCAGGAGAAGGCUUCCUCUGCGGAUUCGUCUAGCGAGGAGGACGAUGACGAUGACGAUGAAGACGAGGAGGAUGAUGACGAUGACGACGAGGAGGAGGAGGAGGAGGUGGAGGAGGACGAGGUGGAGGAGGAGGAGGAGGAGGAGGUGGGGGUGGCGGGGGCGGCGGGAAAGGAGGUGACCUCCACCGGAACUCACUGUACCUCACUAGAGCCGGGAGGGGGUUCCAUCAGGAGGAGACGCACCCGGAGAUAGGGGCAGGGGGGGGGGGGGGGGAGGAGGAGGAGGGGAGCGAUGAAGGUGGUUCUGGUCCCGGGACAUUGCCGAGGACGGAAGGAUCCGGAACGUGCGCUGCUCUCUUCCUCGAGGGCGUGCAGGCGAGGAGGUGCCCUCCUCUUCCUCUUCCGGGCUCCGGAGGGAACGGAUGUGUGGCUCUGCACACACAUGCACACACUUACACACACACUCCAGCACAUGAACACACAUGUGCACAUACCCACACAUACACAAACACACACUUGCAUACACACACACACACACACACGCGCACACACACACAGACACACACUCGUGCAUACACUCAUGCAUACACAAACACAGACACACACUAACGUACAUACGUGCAUACAUACGCACACACACACCGAUCCACCUUCACAUGCACACACACAAAUUGCCAGAGAAACGGCGAGACAGACGGACUGAAACACAGACUCUGCCUGCGGGGCCGUCCUUGGCAGGGGAGCUUCUCAUCCCCGUAAAAAAAAAUCAAACAAAACACAAAACAACGGUUUUCAUGCAAGUCACUCACUGCCAAAUGUACUGUACCAUAACGGUUUCGUAUUGUCUGACCCCGCAUGUGGCCUCUUCAAGAUUCAUUCUCUCGCUCUUUUUAUCUACGGUUUAUGGCUCUCUCUGUUUCUCUUUAUCUCCCCUGUCUCUUUCUCUCUGUCUCUCCCUCUUUCUGUCUCCAUGUCUCCGACUCUAUCUCCCUUUCUCAGUCCCCCUCUCUCUGUCUCCCUCUUUCGCUCUCUGUCUCCCUACCUCAGUCUCUCUCUCUCUCCCUAUCUCUGUCUCCCUCUUUCUCUCUUUGUCCCCCUCCCUCAAUCUCUCUGUCUCUCUCUCUCUCUGUCUCUCUGUCUCUGUCUCUCCCUCGCUCUCCCUCUCUGUCUCUUUGUCUCAGUCUUUUCUGAUGCUGACUGCUGACAGGACUGCACUGUUGUGUUCCCAGUACAUGUUUCCAUUCUACAUGCGCUGAAAUAAACAUGUGCCCCAUUUGCAGCUUUCCCCGGCAGAGCCCAUCACUGAGCAGGCCCCCACGAGUUCAGAAUGUACAGACGGGACAGUAUUUAUUUAUUUAUUUAUUGGGUUUACUUAUUUAUUUCCAUUUUUGCGUUACUGACGUUAGUGGUUAACUGAUGAAAUGUGUGUCUUUGUUCGCUCAUUAUUUUUGGAAAACCAAGCCAAUUAGUGCAGUAAAAUGCUGCGUGGAGCGCAACAGUCCCGGUUUUUUGAUUUGCGUUGCUCUUGAGGACUGUGUGGGGACAGAGAGGCGGUAUGACGUGUCUUAAUAAUGAGUGUUGAUGCUGGGCCAAUUAUCCUCACCGCAUCAGGCUUUCAUUCAUCAAGGAAAGUGUUAACUAAAAUGAAUACGUACGAUUCCCUGCUCCCCGCGGUUUGCGCACAAGCGGACUACAAACAAACACUGGGUCUGUGGGCGAAGGGAAACACAGACUGCUGUGUUAUGGUGUAAAUAUCAGUCUCCUACUUUGAAAAAAUACAAAAAAGAAAAGGCAGCAUUCCCAACAUGAGCAGGUCAAGUCCCGUCUCCUCCUGGGCGGAGCUCUGAGCAGCACGCUGGCCAAUCAGGCGGGGUGAUGAAGGAGCACCAGGACACACUGUUUGAACCGAAUCUACAAACACCCUCCAUUUCCAACACUUCAGUUCACUUAGUGCUGCUUCUCGCCAGCGCCAUUUGGUUAAAAACAGGAUUCUUCUCUCAUUUUUGUCCUCCACAGACCAAAUUAAAGUAAGACGGCGAGAGCGAGAGAGAGUAUCGCACCCCUCGUUAGAUUGAGAAACCAGGGAUGCUCGGCGUGCAUCAAAAUUUCGGUAAUUAAAAUAAUUUCAAACCUGGCCUACGGCUGCAGUCGUAAGAAAGUUUUGAGAAAAAGUAAUGGCCACAGUGGAAAAGUCUUUAUAAGCUUUUUUUUUAUAAAAAAACACUACAAUCUUUAAAGAAGAAUAAAGGGCACAGCAACGUGGCAGUGGUGGUGUCACCUAUAGCCUCGAGACACUCCUCACCUUCGCACCGGGAUGAAAUCCAUGGAACAGAAUUGUACAAAUUAAAAGCGUGUGCACAGGUUAUGUCGUCUUCGAGAAGGCUGACUGCAAAAGGCACUGCAAAAGGCACUGCAAAAGGUUGAACGCCUUGUUAAAUAUCACAUUUUUCUUCUUGUUGGUUGUUUUAUUUACAGUAUAACCCAGCUUUUUUUUACACACCAGACACACCAAUAUCUCUGUUUGGAACUCCCAAGUUAAAGCUUGUUUUCAGAAAGUGUUUGGCUCUUACAGUGAAGGGCCAAGCGGGAUUUGGUUUGGACCAUGUUCUCCAUGGUUGUUUUAGCAUGGUCGCUACAUCACAGGUGAAUGAGUCCGCUUUUUGUGUUUGGUUGAUCUGCUGUCGCUGUGUUUGACCUGAUGAUGGUGAGGCUACAGACCGGCCCUGAGUUGACCUGGCCUCUAUGGAGAAAGCACUAAGGAACUCCUGGCUUUACAUCAGCUGUCGGGCUGGCUGUUUCUCCAUUCCUGGGAGCCUUGAGUCUUAACGUUUUAUUUUAGGUUUGUUUCUUGUAUUUUCUUUUGCUUCGGUUGUUACUGCAGAGCAGCGUUUUUUUCUCAUCGUGUGAUGAAACAUUGAGUAUGUGUUUUUAAUGUGGAAACUAUUAAAUGAAAAGUCUUAUUUUG